GGUGAGCCUUUUGAUUUCGUUGGUGGCUUUUUAUUUUUGGGUUGAGAAUGGAAUCAUCAGAAUUCUCUGAGAAAAAGCUGUUAACUUUACUAUGGUUUCAAUGAGAUUUUUUUUACUUCGGUCAUGAUUCCCGGGUCCAGUGGAUUAUAGUUGACAAUAAAUAAGUUUCGUUUUGAUAUGGGAAUUUUAAUUUGAUUAUGGAUUAUGUUGGUAAAGUCUCAGGUUUUGUCCUGGCAGUACAAAAAUUAACAGAUUCCAUGAAAAGCUUUGCACUUUUCUUUCGGUUUUGGUGAUAUUUAAACAUUAAAGAACAAGAAGAGUAAAAAACGGUGAUUGAGAAAAUGUCAUCCAUGUCGACAAACAAGAGUAACUGUUCUAGGAGUAGUUCUGCUAGAUCAAAACAAAAUGCUCGUGUGGCUGCACAAACCCCAAUUGAUGCCAAGCUACAUGUGGACUUUGAAGAAUCCAAGAGGCUUUUCGAUUACUCUACUUCUAUUGACCUCAAUAUUUCCAGUUCAACCAGUAAUGUUCCGUCUUCUACUGUGUCAGCUUACCUUCAAAAGAUGCAAAGGGGAAGUCUAAUUCAGCCCUUUGGUUGCUUGAUUGCCGUUGAUGAGCAAACCUUCACGGUUCUUGCUUAUAGUGAAAACGCUUCAGAAAUGUUGGACUUGGCACCUCAUGCUGUUCCAAGCAUAGAGCAGCAAGAGGCUCUAACUAUUGGAAGUGAUGUGAGAACACUAUUUAGGUCUCAGGGUGUAACAGCCUUGCAGAAAGCUGCUAAUUUCAGGGAAGUUAAUCUUCUCAAUCCGAUAUUGAUUCAUUGUAAAAUGUCGGGCAAGCCCUUUUAUGCUAUUUUGCAUAGGAUCAAUGCUGGACUGGUGAUAGAUCUAGAACCAGUUAACCCAGCUGAUGUGCCAGUAACAGCUGCUGGCGCAUUGAAGUCCUAUAAGCUGGCAGCCAAAGCCAUUUCGAGAUUGCAGUCCUUGCCAAGUGGGAACAUAUCUUUGUUAUGUGAUGUUUUGGUUAAGGAAGUAAGUGAUUUGACAGGUUAUGAUAGGGUAAUGGUUUAUAAAUUUCAUGAAGAUGAACAUGGGGAGGUUGUUUCGGAAAGCCGUAGACCUGACGUGGAACCUUAUCAAGGCUUGCAUUACCCAGCUACUGACAUACCACAAGCCUCAAGAUUCCUUUUCAUGAAAAAUAAAGUUAGAAUGAUAUGUGAUUGUUUUGCCCAACCAGUUAAGGUGAUUCAAGACAAGGGAUUGGCUCGACCAUUAAGUCUUUGUGGAUCCACAUUAAGAUCUCCGCAUGGGUGUCAUGCACAGUAUAUGGCAAAUAUGGGAUCAAUUGCGUCUCUUGUGAUGUCAGUAACUAUCAAUGAGGAUAAUGAUGCGACAGACAGUGAACAUGAUAAGGGAAGAAAAUUAUGGGGAUUAGUGGUUUGCCAUCACACUAGCCCCAGGUUUGUUCCAUUUCCGCUGAGAUAUGCCUGUGAGAUUCUAAUUCAAGUAUUUGGAGUGCAAAUUAACAAGGGAGUGGAGUUGGCUGCCCAAAUGAGGGAGAAGCAUAUUAUGCGGACUCAGACUGUGCUUUGUGACAUGCUGUUGAGAGAUUCUCCAGUAGGAAUUGUUACUAAAUCUCCAAAUGUGAUGGAUCUUGUUAAGUGUGAUGGGGCUGCACUUUAUUGCAGACAGAAAUUUUGGUUGCUAGGAGUUACCCCUACAGAGGCACAAAUCAGAGAUAUAGCCGAGUGGCUUCUUGAGUACCAUAGUGGUGGUACAGGCUUAAGUACUGAUAGCCUUAUGGAAGCUGGCUAUCCAAGUGCUUCAGUUCUUGGGGAGGCAGUUUGUGGGAUGGCUGCUGUUAGGAUCACUGCUAAAGACUUCUUAUUUUGGUUUCGGUCCCAUACAGCUAAAGAGAUCAAAUGGGGUGGUGCAAAGCAUGGCCCUGAUGACAAGGAUGAUGGAAGAAAGAUGCAUCCAAGAUCAUCAUUCAAGGCUUUUCUGGAGGUUGUCAAGUGGCGAAGCCUACCUUGGGAGGAUGUAGAAAUGGAUGCCAUUCAUUCCUUACAGCUGAUAUUGAGAGGAUCCUUGCAAGAUCAGGUUGCUGAUGAUUCCAAAAUGAUUGCAAAUGUACCAUCUGUUGAUGAAAGGAUUCAGAGGGUGGAUGAACUGUGUAUUGUCACUAAUGAAAUGGUCCGCCUGAUUGAGACAGCUGCUGUCCCAAUCUUUGCUGUUGAUUCCUCUUGUAACAUAAAUGGAUGGAACUCUAAAGCAGCAGAACUCACUGGCCUGGCUGUUGAGCAAGCCAUUGGCAUGCCAUUUGCCGAUCUUGUUGAGGAUGAUUCUAUUGAUAUUGUCAAGAACAUGCUAUCAUUAGCCCUAGAAGGUAUAGAAAAACAAAACGUUGAAAUCAAGCUUAGGACUUUUGGGUGUCUGGAAAAUAAUGGCCCUAUCAUCUUGGUUGUUAAUUCAUGUUGUAAUCGAGACUUGAAGGAAAAUGUCGUUGGAAUUUGCUUUGUUGGGCAAGAUCUCACUGGCCAAAAGGUGGUCAUGAACAAAUAUACCCGUAUCCAAGGUGAUUAUAUUGGUAUUAUGAGGAGCCCAUCUGCUCUUAUUCCUCCAAUUUUUGUGAUUGAUGAGCUUGGCCGAUGCUUGGAGUGGAAUGAUGCUAUGCAAAAGUUGUCUGGUAUGAAGAGGGAAGAAGCCGUUGAUAGGAUGCUUCUUGGAGAGGUUUUUACAGUGGACAAUUUUGGCUGUCGGGUGAAGGAUCGAGACACCUUAACCAAACUCAGGAUAUUAUUCAAUGGGAUAACUGCUGCUGAGGAUGCAGAUAAAUUGUUGUUAGGGUUCUUUGAUCGGCAGGGUAAAUUUGUUGAAGCAUUACUUUCUGCAAACAGAAGGACCGAUGUUGAAGGAAGGGUCACUGGCAUUUUGUGCUUUUUGCAUGUAGCUAGCCCUGAGCUUCAAUAUGCUUUGCAGGUGCAGAGGAUAUCUGAACAGGCAGCAGCUAGUAGCCUCAAUAAGUUGGCUUACAUCCGUCAGGAACUCAGGAAGCCUUUGACGGGGAUUGUGUUAGUGCAGGACCUGAUGGGGGCUUCUGAUUUGAGUAGAGAGCAGAGGCAGCUUCUGAGGACAAGUGUAAUGUGUCAGGAACAAAUAACCAAGAUUGUUGAUGACACAGACAUUGAAAGUAUUGAGGAGUGCUACAUGGAAACGAACUCUGGGGAGUUUAACCUUGGUGAAGCCUUGGAAGCUGUCUUGAAACAAGUUAUGAUAAUGAGCCAGGAGCGGCAAGUUCAGAUUAUCGAAGAUUUACCUGCUGAUGUGUCAUCCAUAUACUUGUAUGGAGACAAUUUGAGGCUUCAGCAAGUCCUAUCAGAUUUUUUGACAAAUGCCCUCCUCUUCUCUCCUGCAUUUGAGGAAUCAUCAGUGACGUUCAGGGUAACUCCUAGGAAGGAACGUAUUGGAAUGAAGAUACACAUUGUUUAUCUUGAAUUUCGGAUCACUCAUCCAGCUCCAGGUAUCCCGGAAGAUUUAAUUCAGGAGAUGUUCCACCACAGCCAGGGUGUCUCAAGGGAAGGUCUAGGUCUAUACAUCAGUCAGAAGCUUGUAAAGAUUAUGAAUGGUACUGUACAGUAUCUUAGAGAGGCAGAAAGAUCAUCCUUCAUUAUUUUUGUAGAAUUCCCAUUGGCUCGCCAUCUUGGCCACCAUUGAAAACCGACGGCCACUGGAAUUGUAUGAGCAGAGAAACAAUGCCACUGCAGCUUCCUCAUGAACCGUAUCAGUGGGUUGUCAUAUCAACCAAACAAGUGCCUUCACAGCUCGGGGUCAAGUUGCGGUCACUUUGAGUCUGGAUGAUACUGGAUGCUGCUCAGCCUGUCAAAUAGCAUUCUCCAUUAGAAGUUUAUAAAGCAGGUGAAAAGUUUGCAGCAGAGUCAAGGCCUUGGUAACAAAAAAACCUGAUAAAAAAAUUAGUUGAAUUACAACCUUCUUUUAUAUGGGAUACGGAGCGUAUAUUUCUUGCAUUUCAAUUCCUUCGACUCAGAUAAUGUCUAAUUGCUUGGGCAUAUGGCGUCAAUAUUGCUGCUUUUGAUGUAUGAGAGUUCGAGUUGGAGAAGUAUAUAUACUGUACGGUGAAACCUCUAGACGAUCCAUUGACUUGGUAAGAAACUAUAUUCUAGCUAUGGAGGAGAAACAGGUUCAGAAGUCAAAGAGACUUUGGUGGGUAGUCGCUUGGCUCUAAUCACUCUGCUGAAAUGCGGCAGAACUACUGCUAACAUCUUCAAGGCAUUGAUACUGCAGUUACCAAAAUUCUAUAAAACCCGUAGUAAGAGUUAUCUUUUUGCCAGUUGGACGAUCAGAUGUCAACAUUCGCUGUUCUGGACCAUGUUUCCAAAUUUGCUGAUCUCUCCAUUGAUGGUAUUCCAGUUUGUAAACGGGGGAGGCCUUUCUGUUUGUAAGCAGCUGUAGCAUUGUGUUAGUAAACGGCUGUAGGCCUGUUUUGUGUUCGAUUUAUAAACGGUUAUACAUUUGCUGUCUGUGAACAUCUGUAGGCUUUAGCAGGCUUAGUGUUUGUUCAAUGAAACCAUUUCAUUCAUCCUGUUUAAAAGAAGGAAAUAAAAUGCCCAAAAAAAAAAAGGUUGUAGUGCCAUCAUCUGGGUUGAGAAUUUUUACCUUGUGAA